CCACACAAUCCAAUCACACUAAGCUCUACUUGAACUCGACUAUAAACAGAACUUGGUAACUUCUGACAAUUUUCUUGCAGAAAUGGAGAUGACUGCACAAUCUCUGUCCCAAGCAAAGCUCCCAAGCUGCUCAACCUCCCUUUCACCACCCUUCCUUCAUUCAAAGGCCACUGUUGCUGCAUCAAAUUUUGCAGUUCCAUUUCAGUCCUCUAAGAGUUAUGUUACUAAGCUAAAAUUUGAUAGAAUCAGAUCAAGGAAACAAAGAAAUCUUGGGGUUAUUUAUGCUUCAGAGGGUGAAAGUACUUCAACAGAUGUCACUGAUAGAUGGCUUCUUGAGCCUGCAGGUGAUGGAGAUACAAGGCACAUAGGUUUUAAGGUUCAGAUGCCGGAUGCCUUUGAAAUUGCUUCCAGUGAAGUGACUGUUGGCCGUCUCCCUGAUAAGGCCGAUGUGGUGAUUCCAGUUGCAACAGUAUCUGGAAUUCAUGCACGGAUUCAGAAGAAAGAAGGGAAUCUUCUGGUCACAGAUUUGGACAGUACCAAUGGAACGUUCAUUAAUGACCAGAGAUUAAGACCAGGAGUCGUUGCCACUGUGCCACCUGGAAGUUUUCUUAUAUUCGGGGAUAUUCAUCUGGCUAAGUUUCGCGUCUCAAAGCUUGAGAAUGUUGACACUGAAAGCAAACCAGAGGAAUCUGCUGAGAAAUUAGAGACUAAUAGUGCUAGUGAGAGUACUCCAACAGACUAGGAUUUUGUUGUUUUGGUAUUUGGUGGCUGAAUAAAAUCAAAUUUUCUAUUAGAAUUUUAGGCCUUAAACUUGUUUUCCUGAUGCAAUUAAGCAAGCACAAUUUUUCUCUUGAUGUCCUCACGCAGUUGAAUUCUUUAUUCUAUGGCGAGUAGACCUAUAAUUGCAAAACUUGGAAUUCAUCAUACUAUUUCAGUCCUA